CGGGUGUUAAUUUUUGUCCAACUUCUUGCGACGGAAAGGAAAGUUCGAAAGAUUUUUAAUAAAUUUUCAAAUAUCGUAUCGAACAAAGAACGAACUGUAUAAGUAAUAAAAAGACAAGUCUGUGUGAGUAUUGUGUAUAUGUAUUGUGCAUUUGUUUUUUGUAGAAGAAAAGUACUAGUCGUGCGAAAAAAGGCAGAAAAUAUGUGCAGACAGAGUGACGCAUUUCCAUCUUGACAUCUUAUAGAACUAAAAUAAAAGUUCAUAAUGUGGGGAGAAUUUGAAGAACCACCAGGGACCAUGGAAGAAGGUCCACCUGAAAUGUUAGAAGCAAAGAAGACCUGCAAGCAAAAUAAAAAUCAGUUGGAAUCUCUUAAAGAAAUUAUGUUGAAGAAUAAGCAAAGUUUGAAAAAGAAAGAAGAAGAAGUACAGGAAUAUGCUAGUAGACUAUCAAAAAUUAAAUCUAGAACUAAGCUGUCAAAACGCAGUAAAGAGGGUGCUUCGACGUCUAAAGAUUUGGAACAAUUAUCUGAAAUUGAUACCAGUAUAAAAGAUAUUAGUCAAGCAACAACACCUAAAGCCAAAUCUUCUUUGCUUCAAAGAAUGUUGGUAGAGAAUAGAAAAGUAUUUGAACAACGUAAUAAAGAAAUAACAGAAACAAAGCGAGCUGUAGAAGAAAAAGUGGAAGCUAUUAGACAACAAUUGGAUGAAAAAGAUUUAGCGAUGAUGGAAUUGCAAAAGGAUCAAACUAUAACACCUGUAAUAGUUACAUCUGAAAUGGUAAUACCAAUGCCAGAGUCUACUUACAUUCAGGAGAAGGAUAAUAAAAUAAUGGAGCUCAACAAUAAGAUUUCUGAGUUACAAGCAGUUAUCAUGGAUCUCCAAGAAAAUUUGAAAGAAAAGGAUUCGGUUAUAGAUUCUAAAACUAAAGCUAUUACACUUAUGUCAGCUGAUCUUUCUAAAAAGGGAAAAACAACAUUAGAUACGCUUGAAGAUACGAAAGGUGAAAUGCGAACCAUGCAAGAACACUUUGUUUUAUUAGAAUCAUCAUUGAAACAAAAAAAUGAUAAUCUUCUUCAGCAACUUCAUGAAAGGGAUGGUAUAAUAUCAGAAUUAGAUAGUACAAUUAAAAGAUAUGAAAAUGAUCUGGUUGAACAAAAGUUAACUGAGAUAGCAAACUCUGAUUUAUUGCGUUCAACAUUGGAUACUUUGACAGAUACAAAAAGUGCCAUGAAAUCUAUGCAAGAAAAUUUUAUUCUCAUUGAGUCUUCCUUAAAAAUGAAAAAUGAUAACUUACUUCAACAAUUGCAAGAUUAUGAAAUUAAAUUAGCAGAGGCUAAUGAAAAGAUAUUUCAAUUAGAAUCUGACAAAGGGAUAGUAAGAACACCUUCGGUAGAAGAUUUACAGUAUAACCUAAAUAAAUUGAAAGAAAAUAAUCGUCAAUUGCAAGAUGAAAAGUACGAACUUCAAAAGAGUAUUGCUGACAUGCAAAAUAAAAUUAUUGCUUCUAAAUCUAUGCACGGAAAUGGAGCUAUUAUGGAAAAAGACAACAGGAUAGCAGAACUUGAAAACUUGAUAGAAGAACUUAAAAGGUCUAAUGAUUUGCUCGAAGAAGAAUCUAAGACCGAAUUACAAAAGCAGCUUGCAGAAUUAUCUGUGAAGAAUGAAGAUUAUUCUAGUAGAAUUAUGGAGCUUGAAAAAUUAGUGCACAAUCUUGAAGUAGAAAAGAAUGAUAUUGCAUCUCAACUGCCAUCUGAACUUUCAUUGCAAAAAGAAAAUGAAAAAAUUCAAAAACUUACAAAAGAAUUAGAAGAAUUAAAUAGAAAUAUGGUUAAAAUGAAAGCCCAGCACAAAAGUAAAAUUAAAGGCUUGCAAAAGCAACUGGAAAACUUUAAAAUGGUGUCUGACACAAAUGCGGAGCUUGUUAGGCUGGGAAAUCAAGUUGCUUUAUUGGAGGAGGAGAAAGGUAACCUUCAGCUGAGUCUGGUAGACUUUGACGAGCUUAAAGCAUCAGCAGGAGAUUGGCAAGAACGUAUAGCAGAGCUUGAAAGCAGGGUAUCCAUGCAAACUGAUGAAAUACAAAAAAAUAUUGAUGCCAUAGCUAUGUUAGAAAAUCAGAAACUAGAUCUUAUCCAAGAGCUACAUUCAGUAAAACAAAAAAUUUCUGGGUUAGAGGCAGAAAUUGCAGAUGCUGAAAAUCAUAGAGUAACUGCAGAAAUGAAAGUAGUUGAUUUAGAAGAACAAUUAGAGAGUGUGCACAAAAUAACACAAAAUAAAUUAGAAAUGUCACCUAAUGUAAGUGAACUUCUUCAAAAAAUAGAAACUUUACAGCAAGAGAAUACAGAGUUAUCAAGUAAGUUAACAAAAUUGGAGGAGAAAGGUACUUCUGAUGCAGGAUCAACCGAGUCAUUUGAAACUAUACAUGAAGUUGAUAAAAAUGAAUUAUUAAAAAAAAUAGAAGAUCUGACACAAAGAAAUGAUGAAUUAACUUUAAAAUUAGCAAAAUUGGAAGAAAGAAAUAGUUCACAUGCUGGUUCUACAGAAUCCUUUGAGGCUAUAAAUGAUGUAGAUAAAAAUGAAUUAUUGAAAAAGAUUGAUCAGUUAACUCAGGAAAAUAAUGACUUAAUAGUAAAACUAAGCAGGAAUGAUGAGAAAGGAUCUUCUGAUACUGGUUCUACGGAAUCGUUUGAACGUAUUCCAGAACAUAACGAAAAUACAGCAAAGAUUGAACUCCUUACUCAAGAAAAUAAUGAUCUCGUGAUAAAAAUGACAAAGCUUGAAGAAAAAUUAUUUCAUCUUGAAAAUAGUCAUUCUGAAAUAAUUGAAUCAAAUGAUAUCUUACAAAUUCGUAAAAAUGAGCUUGAUAUGCAGAAUGAAUCUUUAUUACACGCGAAUAAUGAUCUAUCCACUGAAUUAAUGAAGUUAAAAUUACAGAUAUCAGAUAAGGAAGAAGAAAAUACUAAUCUUCAAGAGAGAAUCAAAGCACUCACCGCCGAGAAUAAUGAUCUAGCUAUACAAUGUACUAAGUUAGAGGAACGUUUAAGUAUAAUUCAGGAGAAAAAAUCCAACGAUACACAGAGAACAGAGCGUAGCAUUGAAUAUCAAAUGGAUACUUUACUACUGGAGAAAAAUAAUCUCGAGAAAGAAUUAACAAUUUUACAAGAAAAAUUAGUUGAACAAACAAAAAAUGUAGCAUUGCAUGAAAUGGAAACUAAUGAUACAAAAUUAAAAAUGAAUAAGUUGUUAGAAGAAAAUCAUGAAAUUAUUACGAAAAUGCAGCAACUUGAAGAGUUAAACAAACAUUUAGUGGAUGAUUUAAAUACAACUACUCAAGAAAAAGAAGAACUACGCAAUAAGAUUGAAUUUUCCGACGAAUACAGCAAGAGGAAAGAGGAAAAAAAAGAAAUUGGCGCAGAAUUACAAGAACCUGUAGAAAAACGUGAUAGUAAUCAACAGAUAAAUGUAUCUGCAGCACUGCAAGACGAGUCUGUUAUCAUUGCAUCAUUAGAAAAAGAAAUAAAACAUUGUAAAGAAUUAAUAACGGAACAAACGAAUCUUAUAGAAGAAAUGAAAUUGAAGUUAUCCAGUAAGGAAGAAGAAUUAGAAAUAAAAACGAAACAAAUACUUAAUCGUGAAGCAUCCAAAAAAGAAAAAGAAACUUUAGAAAAUGAAUUGAAGGAGAUGACGGAAACAAUAGAAGAAUGGAAAUUCAAGUAUGCAAAUUUGGAGGAAAAGAUGAAUGCAUUGGAAGUUAGUAAAGUAUCUAUCGAGAAUGGCUUUAGUAUGUUACAGGAGGAAAAUAAACAAUUAAUUGAAAAGGUAGAACAGAAAGAUAUAGCAACAAAUAUAUUAAAAGAAGAAUUAGAAACUACAAUAGCGACGCUUGAAUCAAGCCUAGAAAAAGAAAGGACAAGUAUAUCUAUGAAAGAGAAUGAAAUAGUUAAUUUGAAAGAAACCUUAGAAAGUAAAAAUCAAGACUUACAUAAUAAAUAUUUACAAAUACAGAAUGAGAUGAUUGCCAUAGAUAAUUUGCAAGAUCAACUCAAUAGUUAUAAAAUUGAUAUUCAACAAAAAGAUCUUCGAAUUGCUUCAAUAUUACAGGAAUUAGAAAAAGUGAACGAUGCUCUAAGGUCGAAGGAAGAUGAAGCCUAUUCUUUAGAAAAGAAAAAUUCUGAAUUAUAUGAAAAAUUACAAGAGUCGGUACCUCAUAAAGAAUAUGAUAAAUUAUUAGAAGAGUUACGUGACAACGAAAUACUUGUUAAUAACAUGCAAAGUAAAAUUGACGAACGUAUGAAAGAAAAACAUGAAUUAUUGGUUCAAUUUGAAAGCGUAUCUGAACAGAAUCAAGACUUACAAUACCAAUUGGCAGAGAAACAUGACGAACUUAAAAAUGUUUUGAUGGUUAAAGAAGAAUUGGAUGCACGGAUUAUAGAAAUGGAAAGAAUUAAAACUGAUACAGAGAAUAGUAUUAUGGAUCUUAAAAGUUCUUUCGAGAACAAUGUUAAAUUUAUUGACGAAUUACAGUCUGAGUUAAAAGAUGCUUAUAAGAUGAUGGAACAUUUGAAAGUUAAACAUGUGGAGGAUAUAGAAAUGCAUAAUCGAAGAUUCGAAGAUACUAUCGAAGAAUUAAAUGCUAAAAUUCAAGAAUGUGAAAGCUUAAAAACUGAAUUGUUAGAGAAAGAAAAGCUUAUUAGCCAAAAUCUUUUAGAAGAAACUAGAAUUACUUUAGAGACUAAGGUCGCAAACUUAGAGCAGGAACUUACGGAUUCUGAAAACAAAAAGCAAGCACAAUUGGAAAAAAUGAAGAAGAUUGUUGCAACCUUGAAGAGAAAAACUGCCAUGUGUCAAGAGUUCGAAGCAAGAAUCGCGGAAUUGGAAGAGAGAUGGACAAGCGAAAAGGAUGAAAAAGAAGCGAAAAAUAAGAAAAAUCAGGAAGUUGAGAGUUCUAUGCGAGAAAAAGAUAAUAAAAUUGCUGAUUUGGAGGAGAAGUUAAGUAAAGCUAAAAACGAGGCAACGGAUUCUCUCGAGCAUGUCGAAAGACUUACAAAUGAAGUUGCUAUUAUGAAAGAUAAGAUGUUUUUACUCGUUAAUCAAAUUAGUGAAUUGGAAGAUGAAAUUGUCAAAUUGCAUGGACGCAUAACUCAAUAUUCCACUGAGAUAGAAACAGAAAAAUUAGCUAAACAAAGUAUUAUCGACGAAUAUGAAUCUUACAAGAAAGAAAUUCUUCAGAAAUAUGAUCAACAACAAUUGAUUCUUGAAGAAACGAAAGAAAAUGCAAGAGAGCUUAGCGUACGUAUGCAAGUUAUGGAAACGGAGUAUGUAGAACACCUUGGAUUGAUAAAACAUCUUCAAGCGGAGAAUGGUUUAUUAAUGUCGAAACAGAUACAGAUCAGUGAAAAAUUGGAAAAUGCAGAAAAAGAGUCUGAAGAUCGACAAUUGCUUAUUGAAGAAUUACAAAAGAAAAUUGUUUCGUCCGUAGAUGUAGUAACUCAAACUUCGGAAAAUGAAUUGAGACAGGAUACGAGACCAACAGUACAACAAUGCGACCAUUGUGAACAAUGUCAAGCCAUAGUACAAGCAUUAGAGGCUAAACUUCAAGAGCGAGAAGCUGAAAUUGAAAAUUUAGAUAACGAAUUAGCUAAUUCUAUUGGUAAUUUUGUUCAAAUGCGUGAAUCUUUAAGAUUUAAUGAUAUGAUGAAUCAAUCUGGUAUAAGGAAUAGAACGAUGGAAGAUCCUUAUAAUGAUCUUUUAUAUCAAUAUAAUACGUUAUUAGCGAAUAAUGAGGAAAUAAAAGCAAAAUUAGAAUACAUGGUCAAAGAGAACGAAGAAAUUGUAGAAAAAAGUAAAACUCUUGAAACUUUAAAUGCAACUUUGCAAGAGAAAAUUCUUGCUACGGAUCAAACGAUAAUUCAAGAUGAAAAAUAUGAUGACUUAUUGAGAAAGUAUAAAGAACGUGAAAAGGAAUUACAAGAUUUACAAGAAAAAAUAGAAACUGUAGAGAAUGAAAUGAAACGUUCCGUAGAAACAUUACAAUCCGAGAUAGCACUACUUAAAUCUGAUAAGGAAGAAUUCUUAGAAAAGUAUAAAUUAUUAAAGAAUCAAAAGGAAUCUUUGGAACAUGAGUUGGAGCAUCUUAAGAUAGAGAAUAAUGAGAAUAAUCAAAGAUUAAUAGAAUUACAAUCAGAAUUGGAUAAACUUAAUCAAAAACAUACAAUGAUCGAAGAAACAACUAACAUCACUGUGACAAAGAGCAGCGAUUCGGACGAUGUCAUACCUGAGGAAAAGUAUACUGUACCUCAAUUAUUUGAUGCUUCCAAAAUUUUUGGACCUCAAUAUAACGUAGACGAACAAAAGGAUACAGCAAAAUUACAGGAUCUCGUAAAUAACAAAGAUAUGGAGUGUAUAGCUCUUAAGAAAGAAAUUUAUAGUUUGCAGAAGCAAAUGAACGAGGACAAGGCACAAAUGUUACUAAAUCGUAACGCAUACGAAGAAGAAUUAAAAGUUUCACAGGAACGUUGUCAGACAAUGCAAAUAGAAAUAGACAAUUUGCAACGCGUAAUAGAGGAUAAAAUUAAACAAAUUGGAUUAUUAAACGAUGAAAUGAACAACGUUCACUCGCGAAUGCAGUCGCAAUUUAAUCAACAAGAAAAUCUUAAUAUGCAAAUUCAAGAAUUAAGAACAGCGAAGGACAAUGAGAUUCAAUCUUUACAAGUGGAAUUAAACACUACAAAAGAUAUUUUAACAUCGUUAUCUGUCCAAUGUGAAGAACAAAGUAAUGUAAUAGAAAUGUAUAAACUGCAGAUUAGUAAUUUGGAACAAGAAACACGUGAAUCUAUGAACAACGAUUCGAUACUUGAUUUGCAACGUCGCUUAGUAGAAAUUACGAAGGAAAGGGAUACAUUGCAAUUGCAAAUGAAUGAUCUAACCAAAUCUUUGAAAGAAUUAAAACAACAAAAUAUUAUUCUGGAGGAAGUCAAAGAGAAGGAGUUGACCAAAGGUGUUAUACAAGAUUUGAAAACAACUCCAAAAGAUGAGAAUAAAUUACAAAAAGCAACAUCUGAAAGCAGCGAGUUGACAGAACUACAAACGUCGGUACCUAUUAUGGAACAGAGUACAAAUUUAAGUGCCGAUGACUCUAUCGAAAAAUUCAAUACCGACGAGGACACUUGGGGUUGGAAUGCUGACGACGUACAAACAGCGGAUGAUCAUAAUUAUAACCAAAUUUCGUUAAUUCCUAGUAUAGAAAUACAAUUGCGUAUGAUUAUCAGUGAAAUGGAAAAGAAAAUAAUAGAUUUAGAAGAAGACAAAAUGGAAUUGAUGCAAGAAAAUAAAGCUUCACAGAUAAGAAGUGGUAAAAUGGUAAAAAAAUUGAAAGAGUACAAAGUGCAGAUAGAACAUUUGCAACAACAGUUGAAGAGUCAACAAUCUAUGACUGGUUUAUGCGAAUUAGAUUCGGCUAUCGAAGAAGAAUUAAGAUCACAGAUAACCGAAUUAGAGAAAAACUUGAAAGAAUUAAACGAGGAACAUAAGAACAUGAUCAUUGAAAAGGAAAGUUUGUUAAAACGUAUUGAUGUAAUCGUAUCAGCUAAUGAAAGAUACAUGGAGACGAAAGAAAGGCAAGAUAUGGAUAUCGAAGUACUUCGAUUAGAAAAUAAAGAUCUUACGAACAAGAUAAAGUUCUUGGAAGCCAAAUCUUCGGAAGGCAAUGUAACAUCUGAAAUCGAGCUUUCAUCAUUGGAAUCUGGAAGGUCGGCUAAACAGUUACCAAAAAGAGUUAUCGAGGAUGGAACGUCAGACGUUCAAAAAUUAUGUGAUGAAUACAAGAAAGAAUUAGAAAUGCUAAAGGACGACAUGGAAACUCUUGCUACGGAAAACGAACAACUUCAACAUUAUUUGGAAGAACAAAAGUCGAGAAUAUCGACGCUCGAAGAGAAAUUAAUUGCUGGUGAAAAGGAUAGUCAAGAAUUGGGUAAAAUACGUGAAAGAAAGGACGAAUUGGAAGGCCAGUUGAAAAAAUUAGAAGAAGAAAAUGAAGCUUCGAAGAAACGAUUUGAAGAACGUUUUAAUGAAAUUUCCAACGAGAUCAUUCCAAUGGAAGAACGAAUGAAAGAAAUGAGUCAACAAUUAAAAGAAUCUGAAACAAAAAUAAACGAGUUGCAAAAGAGAGAGGAUAAUAUCCUCGAAGAGAAAUCCAAGAUGGAAAAGAAGAUACAUGAAGCUAAGAUCACCGAAGAGAAACUCUUCGCUGUAUCAGAAUCGUUGACAGAAGUCACAGAACUUUUGAACGUUCGAGUCCAAGAAGUAGCCGAUUUGAAGCAGGAACUUCAAAAACAAUACGUAGGUCGUCAGGAUGCCGAAGAAAAAUUACAAGAAAAUAUACAAAGUUUAGCUCAAGAAUUAAAGGAAAAGAAACAAGAAUUAGAUGAUUUACGAGGAGCCUUUAGCGUUAAGGAGAGCGAAUUGAUUCAACAGAAGAGUGUAGAAACCGUCAGUUUUCUUGUGAGCGAAGCAACGCAAGAACUCAUGCAAAAGCAUGCGAUCGAUAUUGAAGAGAGAAACAAAGAGAUACGUGAUCUUCGAGAUAAAUUAAACUCUUUACAUAUAACUACGGACGAAUAUGUCUCUGAAUUAUCGAAGAGAUCUAUUCAAGAGGAAACUGUAGAAUCUUUGUCAUUAAAUCUUCAAGACAAAGUUACGCUCUUGGAAACAGUUAAGACCGAAUUGUUGAACGUGAAAGAAGAAUUUCAACAACGGCAAUUACAAUGGGAAAAUGAAUCGCAAAAAUAUUCAUUGGAUACAGAAAGAUAUCUGUCGACGAUCGCACAGUUGGAAGAUCGUUUACGUGAAUCCGAAAAUGUUUCGAAAAAAUUGCAGGAACAAAAUGCGAAUCUUUCUCUCGUUGAGCAAGAAAUCGUAGAUUUGCGAGUAGCUUUAUCGGAAAAGGAAUCCGUUUUGAGUAAAUUCGAAGAAGAAUUACAAAGAUAUAAAGUGUUAUUGAACAAUAAGGAUGCAGAAAUGAAUGAGCUUCGAAUCGAUUUGAAAAAUUUCAAUGAAACAAAAAAAGAUUUGCGCGAUAGUGCUGGAGAGAUAAUUCGUUUAACUUCAGAAUUCGAAAAGAUGCGUAUAUCUCUGGAAGAGGUAAAAGGAGCACUGAAAGAAAAGGAAUCAUUGUUGAAAAUAGUUGAAGAAAAACUGAGCGAAAAACAAACGGAAUUGGAUAGGCUUUCCUCCAUCGAUUUUCCCCAAAAUCAACAAAGUUCCAAUACGGUAGAUGGUUUACCAUUAUUUAGAAUGGGAAAUGAUAACGAAGAAAUGCUUCGUAGUACAAUAGAGAAGAUCAAGAUCCAAUUGGAAGAGAAACAGCAAGAGAUAGAACACUUGAAAUAUAUUAUAGAAGAGAAUACGUAUCCUAAAAUAAUUCAGGAUAUGCAAGAUAGUAUAAAUCUUCUUUACAACGAAAAAGCACAAUUGGAAAACGAUUUACAAGUGGCCAAAGAAAAUUUAUUAGAGAAACAAAAUCAAAUGGAGAUUUUGAUUCAGCGUAUAGAUGCACAAGAAAAGGAGGAAUCGACUUUACUUGCAAGAGAGAGAGAUAAAAGAUCAGUUCAAGAUCAGGAAGAGAUCGUCAGAUUGCAGAACGAGUUGCAUGCGAAGGAACAAGAGAUAAACGAAUUGAAAUACGUCAUAGCCGAGAAGGAUUCCCAAUUAUCUCAAGCCAAUUUAGAUCCUUCCUCAGAUGAUUAUGAGUUACGUGAGAGCUUAACAGCAGAAUUAUACGCAAAAGAACAAGAGAUUUGGCAAUUAAAAUCGAGUAUAGACGAAUUGCAAAAUGAGAUCUCGCGUUUGAAAAAUCUUGAGAUGGUCUCGGAGGAAACCAAAGACAUGAUUGAACGAUUGGGUUCGGAAAAGGAAGCGAUUCGAUUGGAAAGCGAAGAGCUCUUGGAAAAGAAGCUGGCAGAAAAGGAAUUAGAAAUUGAUGCUAUCAAACAAAGGUUAUCGAUGGAGAACGAAGAAUUACUUAGUAAGCUUCGAUCUAGGGAUCAGCAUGUAGAGAAUCUUAAGAAACAAUUGGAGACGAGGUCGAUGGAAUGGGAUGAGGCGUUACGUCGUAAGAACGAAGAAUUACAAAAGGCAAACUUGAAUCUUAAAGAGAAAGAAAAAAUCAUUUCCGAAUUUACCUUUACAAAGGAAGCAGAAAUUCAAAAUUUGACCAUCCAAGUUAAUGAAAAGAAUAUACGUAUCGAGGAACUCAUUGAAAUAUCUGGAAAGGACGAAAGAGAAUUGGCCGAGUUAAGACAAUAUGUCAAAGAAAAGGAAAUUGAGAUUAGAGAAUUGACCAAUCGAUUGGAAAGUAAAAUGAAGGAAUACGAAAUAAUCCAACGUGCUCUGAAAAAAGAUUUUUCUGUUGGCGAAGCACAGAAGAUUCAGGAAGGUCAAGAAAUAGAAAGGACGACUUCGAAUACAUCUGAUAUCCUCGAAGAAAGAGAAGGUUCGAAAUAUUCGAACGAACUUGACCUCGCUCUUUAUAUGCUCCAUCAAAGAGACGUUAGAUGCGAGGAAUUGACGCACGAAUUGAUGCAAUUGCUCGAGGAACGUGAUACCUUGCAAUUGCGAUUAUCAAACGCUAUCCGAAUAAACGAGGAACUACGAAAAAUAUCUUCGUCCGAUUCGAGCCCGAAAAAGGAUGCUCCAGCUUCCUCGGAAACGAUGGACGAACCGCUCGUCGAGCAUCCUUCGCCAUCGAAAUCGGAUGGUCCCGUUGAAAUAGCCAAAGAAGCCAUAGACGCACCGAUAGAAGAAGAUAAAGCAGCUCUUUCUCUGAAGCUGUCGCAGUUACAUACGGUUGGGCAUACAAAGGAUGUACGGUUAAGGGACGAGAGAGAAUUGAGGCACACGCAACAAAUGUCUUUACUAGCACAUAAAGAUGUCCUAAGUACGCUGCCACCGGAAGCUGCUGCAAAACUUGUUAAUGCGAACUAUACGCUCUCACGAGACGUUCAGAGUCAGUCGAGCGUUCUUUUAAAUUGGCUAUGGGGAAAAAGUACACCAAAGGUGAUGCACAUGUGAUGAACGAGCAACGAGAAUGAAAUGGAAUACAUACUUGCUUUUUGGUUACAUUCCUGCCAAGUGCCAACUGCCAAGAUUUUUUUCUGCAGUUAAAGAUCUUGUAGUUAAAAUCGAGAUAAAAAAAGCACUUCAUUUUCGAAUGAUAAGUUUAUCAUUCUAACGAACUUAUCGCAGAUUUGAAAAGUCACAUGCACCUUCUCAAGGAACUCCAAUGGCUAUUUAGGCUACUUAGAAAGAAAUUUUUUUCUUUUUUCUUUUUUUUUUUUUUUUUUUUUUAGAUAAGUCACGUGAUGUUUAGAAAUUUAUAUGAAGUCUAACGAUACACUCGAUAAAAAUGUAAGGCUUUUAUUAAGGGUGGCUUAUCUUCGAAGGAGACCUUGAAAAAUAUGCUCUACAUUGUAUGAUACUUGUACAGCCUGCGAGUUCUUGUAUAAUAUGAAAAAUUGUUUCCUUUCUUAGAGAUUUCUCUAAUCUUUGUUAUAUUGCAUUAUGUGGCAAUAUCGAUCGUUUGUAGUGCAAACGGAUUAUCCAAUUGAAUACGCGUAGUUUUCUCUCAUUAAUUAUUUAUAUAUAUAUAUAAAUAAAUUUAUAUAUAUAUAUAUAAAUUUAUUGGUAUAUUAUUGUUCGCGCUGUUGAGUACUUGUUUUUAAAUUUAUAGAAGAAUUCUUGGCGUUUCGUAUGACAAAUAUAUGUGUGUGUGUGUGUGUAUGUGUAUAUAUAUAUAUAUAUAUAUAUAUAUAUAUAUAUAUAUAUAUACACAUAUAAAAUAAUUUUAAAUGAGUAUUAUACCGAACACAGAUAGAUAGGAACACUUUCGAAACAUCGCCUCCUUCGCGUGCAAUCUCUCGUUUCUUAUUUUCACAAAAUUUUGUACAAAAGAAGACAAAGAAAAAAAGAAAAGAUAAUGACAAAAUAAAAUACAAGAGAGGUAUUUAUCUGA